UGGUUGACUGACGAAAACAAAAGCUCGAAAAGCGCCUGGACGGUGUAUACGAACCCAACAUUCUCGAGUCUUCGGUCUUCUCCCAAAGACAGACCACAAAGGCCACUGCCCAAUGCUCUCUGAAGAAACAUAAAACACCCACUGGUCGUCAUGUUUGGACUGGAAUCUUCAGGCUCUGCGGCCGAGCCUUCGCGCCCUGCUUCGCUGUUCCGCACUCGCACACAACACUCGACCCGCUCACACCAGUCCAUCUUCAAGGAGGAAUUCAACUCGGACCUGUCACUGCCACUUUCGCAUCAUCACGGCCACCAUCGUCAAGUCCCUUAUCAUCAUCAGAACGGCAGCAUCUACAGCAACUACAAACCUGUCACAGGUGCCAAACCCUACCGCCCCUCCACAGAUACUGGUGGUAGCACACUGGAUAACGAUCGAGAACGAGAACGGGCUGGGGAUCCGGAGCAGGAGGCAAUGGCCACCCCAACAGCCAGAGAGGUUCGUCGCCUCGCGUCGCAUCACGACUUUAUCUACGACACAAGCUCGAAAUCACGACGACUUGGGUGGUGGGCCUUUGUAGGCAGACACCUCUCUCUUCCAGCAGCAUUCCUUGCAGGUAUCAUCUUUGUCAUUGUCGCCAUUGUCUUCACCACUGUCACAAGCAAACGACCGCUAGAGUGCCCAGACUGGGCAGAAGAUUGUCGCACAAUCGACCGAUGGACGGCCGAACACCUGCCAACUGUUCAGGGUAUCAUCACUCUCGUCUACAUCACUGGGCUGGGGGCACUUGCCUAUGUGGCCCUCGCGCUAUGUGAGGCCGCGGUAUGGCCGCUGGUGGUCAAGCAGACCAUGACAAUGAGGGGUCUGGAGGCAUACCUGGCGACGACACGGGGGUCUAUUCUAGCUGCUCCGAGGGCCUUGAAAGAAGUCAAGACUGUUGCCAUGGGAGUGAUGCUCGUUAGUGCGGUAGCAGCAAUUCUGACACCGCUCGCUGGAAUCCCGUUGGUUGGGCAGGCGUAUACAUCGACGUCGAGGGAGGUCGAACUCAAGAGCAACUACACGCCUGGCGGUGGGCUCGCAGAGUCAUUCAUGCAAACCGAAGCACCGAGUUUUGCCAACAUGGGCGUCCUAACUACGUACAACUCGUGGGCCAUGGACCCAGCUUCGGAACCUCUGCCAGAAUACCGGAAUUGGUAUGUUGAUCGGGAGGUGCUCGGCACGAAGGGAAACUUCUCUGCUCGGGCCGUCAAACUGCAAACAACUGUAUCGUGCAGCCCACGCACAGUCGAACAGCUUGUCCGAAGUGGGAAGCCGUUGAACGCCUUUCCUACCAACUGGACCCGCACAAACAUCAGCUCUCUAAGGGGCGAGAAACGUACUCCAGCAGAGGUCUACGUGCGCCCGUAUCCCCAGUUGACGCUUUGGGCCGACAAUUUCACCUUUGAGGCAUCCCAUCGAACCAAGGCGACUCUUGUUUUUGCCGCUCUCAACGGAACCAUCGAAGGCGGCAAGCAGUCCUCCAUUGCGCUCGGCACCAUGAACAGUGUCUCAGCGAUAGCUUGCGAGGUCGUCGUAGCGGCUACAGACGAUAUCAUCACCGUCGGCAACCCGUUGAUCCACUCGGAUAACACGACGCUCCCGACCCUUUCGUCGCUCGAAACCCUCCAAACCAACACUUCCAGCCCCUCAACCGCCCUCAACGAACUUCUCCUCUGGUUUGCCGUUGCACCCAUCCUCUCCGCUCCGAGUGUAUCAGGUGUCCAGCCAAUGUUCUCCAACUCCACCUCCACCAACCGCGCCGUAGCCUACACCGGUCAGACUUCCCAGCGUAAUACCUGGACGGUCGAUGGGAUCGAGUCCUUCAUCCACCGUUCCAUUGGUGCCCUUCUACAAUCCAGCACUGCGUCUCAGUCCGGAUCCACCGAGAACACCACACUUUUUACCUCCACUUACCCCCUCCAGUUCCUCUCCCGGUCGCGCGCCCUCCUCCUCCUCUUGCUGCCUCUCCUCUUGGUUACUGUCAUCAUCCUUCUCUCGUUCUAUCUGAGCCACACCCACUCCCGCGAGUCCAUCCCCGUCCUCCGUCUAGGCGGGCUGUGCGAGCUGCUCAAGAGUUCUCAAACACCUUGGCUGCGCGAACAGGCCGGAACGGAUGCAGCAAAGACGUACCUGCCUAGCGACCUAGGUGCGGUUAUUGUCAAGUUUGGAGUAGUUGGCAAGGAAGGAGCCGAAAUGGUUGGACUGGGAGACGGAAAUGGAGGAAAGGUUGGUGCGUUUGUGAGGGAGGUCCCUCGAAGAGUACAGCCGCUGGACAAGGGGAAGGAGAGUGAUGAGAGUCAGAAGAGAGGAACAUCGGGGGAGACCGUAGAGAUGGGCGUCAUUGCUUGAGUUCACUGAGGCUGACAAGGACUUUCUUUGGUCGAACAUUUGGGAGGAAAAGGGAGAGGCUGUUCGCGGAAUGACGAUUUAACG